GUCCAUCGGUCAAGGCCCCUAAAUACAACGCCUCCUAAAUUUUCCUUGCCUGCCGAAUUAUCGGCGGACAUUUCGUGUCCUUCUUGUAUCUGUGUCGGCGUUUUGUUCUCGCGCUAUAAACUAUCGUCUCGCAGUUGAAUUUGUGCUUGCGUGCAUGGACGCGUGUUUCGAGGCAGUGAAGAACGCUCUGAGAAUAUUUGUGGAGGCGUGAUAUUUGCAAAAUUAUUUGUUUUACUUGGCCCCUCAAAACGAACCUCAAAACGAUGCCCGUUCACAGUGCGAUAUCAACCGCUGAAGAACUUCAGGAUGCGAUUACCGAAGCGAAGGACAAGUUGCUCGCCCUGUAUUUCCAUGCGAGCUGGUCGCCUCAGUGUAAACAGGUGGAUGAUUUAUUGCCCGAUCUUGAGAAAGAUCCAGAUCUGGCGCUGACGAGUUUCUGCAAGGUGGAAGCUGAGCAAGCCAAGGAUGUAAGCCUGAAGUAUAAAGUCACCUCAGUGCCGACAUUCGUCAUCCUUCUGAAUGGAAAGGAUGUUGACAGAGUAGAAGGCGUGAAAAUGAUGGAACUGGUGGGUAAGCUGAAGGCACUGAAAAUUCGUGUGGAAAUGCCGCCAGUUGCUGCUAGUGAGGAUGACCGGAAGCUAAUGCAGAGGCUGCAGGCCAUUACAGCCCAAGCUCCUUAUGUGCGUUUCAUAGAAGGAAGCAAAAGUUCACCUGCUAAAGGUGACAGCUCAGAGGCAGUGACUUUGCUACGAGAAGCUGGCCUUGAGUUUCAGUAUUUUGACGUGGCCACAGAUUCGGUACUUCGACAGCAGCUCCUUGAGCAUUUGGCAAAGAAGGGAGCUUCCAAUUACCCACUAUUGUUUGUCAAUGGAGAUUUCAUUGGUGGCAUUGAUAAAAUAAAAAGGCUGGAUGAACAAGGACAAUUGGCUCGCUUGGGUGAACCUAAAUGUGUAGACCUGAUACAGAGGUAUUCGCUUGCUGAUGGCAUCAAAUUCAAUUCUCGAUAAUUAAGCCUCCCUGCCAAUCCUUAC